AAGAGCUAGCUAGAAGUCUAUAAAAUAAGCAGUGAUUAAAAAAGUUAUGAUGAGCAUGACCAAUAUUAAUUCUGUUUUGCUGUUGCUGUCUCUGAUAUUUAAGAAGAUUGAGCUAAAAAUAAAAAAAAUAAAAAAAAAAAUAAAAAAAACACAGCAAAAUUGUUUCAUAUCAUAAUCACAUUCACUUCAUUAUGCCUAAAAUCAUGAUUCUUGGUUUCAUCACCCGCAUGCUCUCUUCUCAAACCUCACACUACAUUCUCACUCUUACUACUCACACACACCUAUAAAUUCCAACCACACCCCCCUACCUUUUCCUCACCAAAAUCAGUCUCACCUUAUUCCCAAAAUGGCAUUAUCUGGUUUUGAAGGGUUUGAAAAAAGGUUGGAACUUCAUUUCUAUGAUCAUAAUCCAACCAUUAAUCACCAACUUGGUCUAAGAAAACUUGAGUUUGAAUCCAUUCAACAAAUCCUACAAGCUGUUCAAUGCACAGUUGUUUCAGCAGUUGGAAACUCUUACUUUGAUUCCUAUGUUUUAUCAGAAUCAAGUCUCUUUGUAUAUCCAACAAAGAUCAUAAUCAAAACUUGUGGAACCACACAACUUCUCAAAUCAAUUAUUCCAUUAAUCUACUUUGCAAAUAAUCACUUAAACUUCACACUCUCCUCUGUUUGCUACACAAGAGGAAGCUUCAUUUUCCCAAAGUCACAACCUUUCCCUCACACUUCAUUCAAUGAUGAAGUUUCUUACUUAGAAAACACUAUCCCUUCAAAUCUUUGCUACAAAAAAGCUUCCAUUUUGCCUUCUAAAUCUUCCUCUCAUUCAUGGCAUGUUUUCACAGCAACCCAAAAUCUUCAUCAUAAUCAUCGUGAUCAAUACACAAUGGAGAUUUGCAUGACGGAGCUCGACCCGAUUCUCGCCGGAAAUUUUUUCCGGCGACCGGACGAUGAAAAAUCCGGCCACUCUGCCGGAAAAGAAAUGACAGAGCUUACCGGAAUCAACGAAAUCAACAAAGAAGCACUAAUUUGCGAUUUUGCAUUCGACCCUUGUGGCUAUUCAAUGAAUGGAAUUGAUAGAGAAAGGUAUUCCACCAUUCAUGUAACUCCAGAAAAUGGUUAUAGCUAUGCAAGCUUUGAAUGUGUGGGCUCUGUAAACAAUGAUGACAACAUUGUUCAUGUUUUGAGGAAGGUUGUUCAGAUUUUCCGACCGGGGACUAUGUCGGUGUCGAUAACGACAUGUGAUGAGUAUAACAAUGAUGUUUGGAGGAAGGUUGCUGGUGCUGUGGAGCCACUUGGGUUGAAAUGUAGGAGUUGUGUUAUGGAUCAAUUUCCGGCGAUAGGCGCUAUCGUCUUUCAAACGUUUUCGCCUAUUCGCCGGAAAUAUGCUACAAAGUAGAGAUUUAGAUUCUAUGCAAUAACUUGUCACAAAGUUAUUAUUUUAGAUUAAUAGCUUUCAGUUUCAUCUAAAUUAAUGGUAGACAUUGUUCAAAGUUGAUUUGGUAAAUGUGUAUCUAAACGUUUGAUUUUAAAUUAA